UGUUAGUCAGCCGCUUUCUUUGUUUGUGCAUCAGCGAAUAUGUGCGCUCGUCACUACAUAGCUACUUUUAUUUACAUUAUUUUUAUUACAAUUAUCAAAGUAUCGAGUAGAACGAUAUUUUUGGAGAUAAACGGUCCAACACGUGAGGAGUUAUCAUUUUUGAAAAAGUAUGGCUACCUGCUGGAGCCUACGGGAGAUGUGGACUUCGCUUAUACGUCCCAAUCUGUUUCGGAAGCAGUCCGCAAGAUGCAAGCCUUCGCCGGCCUCCCGCCAACAGGAGAAUUAGAUUUCGCGACUAAACAGCUGUUCAAGAAAAAGAGAUGUGGAGUAAAAGAUAUAGACAACAGCGGAAAAACAAGAAAUCGCAGAUACAUAUUGCAAGAGGGAUGGGGGAAAAGAACCAUCACCUACAGGGUGAUCAAUGGCUCCAGUACUCUACCCAAACACAGAGUAGAAGCGCUGAUGGCGGAAGGAUUUGCUGUAUGGGCGCCUCACGGAGGUUUACGAUUUAAUUAUGUACAAGACGGGCCUGCUAAUAUACAGAUAUCCUUUGUCAAGGAGGAUCACGGUGAUGGGUUUCCGUUUGACGGACCUGGUCGUGUAGUUGCACAUGCCUUCCCGCCUCCACACGGAGCGAUGCAUUUUGACGAUGAUGAGCUAUGGGGCGAAGAUAUCGGUGAUCAAGAUGACGUCACUGACUUCUUCGCAGUGGCAGUACACGAGAUCGGCCACGCGCUCGGCCUCUCGCACUCUAACGACAGGUCAUCCGUCAUGUACCCCUACUACCAAGUGCCGGUUGAGAAGCUUCACCUCGACGAUAUACUGGGGAUGCAGGAACUAUAUUUAAAGGAUGAAAUAAUAGAAGCGCCUGCAGCUCCGGUGACGGAAAGUUUGGCAGUUGGCGAUUCAUCCCAGGUGCCGCGCUUCACGAAAGCCGACAGCGAGGAGCUUGACGAGAAUGAAAUACCGGACCUCUGCUACACGAACUACGAUACUAUACAGGCCAUACAGGGCAAGCUUUUCGUCUUCGAGGAAGAGUGGAUGUGGGUGAUCAAAAACAAAGUAAUCCAAGAAGGAUAUCCAAGAAAAUUCCACGAAGUUUUUAAAGGACUCCCUGAAAGAAUCAAUAUUAUUAAAACUAUAUAUGAAAAACAGAAUGGGAAUAUAGUUAUAUUUUCAGGUAAAAGAUACUGGGAGUUUGAUGCCACAUUCCACUUAGUGAAAGUAGGAAGGCUAACAGACUACGGCAUACCGCGCAGAGUACCCGAACUGACCACCGUGUUCCUAUCCAACUACAACAAUAAGACGUACUUGAUCGAGUACGAGUGGUUCUGGCGUUUCGAUGAAGCCGCAGGCAAAAUGGACGAUGGAUAUCCUAAGGAGAUGUCGGCCUGGCGACAAGUGCCCUAUCCCGUCGAUGCAGCUAUAAUUUGGAAAGGAGACACAUAUUUCUUUCGCGGCCCGCGAUUCUGGCGGUUCGACAACACGCUGAUACAGGCGCACCAUUACUACCCAGUGCCUACGGCUCAAGUUUGGUUCCCCUGCGGUAAUGCGCCCGAUAUGGACCGUUACUUCACCAACGACGAGCCAUAAACUUACAUCAGGGUGCUAUAAUGAAUAGAGCCUCGAUUUUGAUAAUGUUAAUGUGUUAAUGGCAUCUAAAUAAAUGGUUAUGGCGUUUUAAAUUGGUCGCAUUAUAAUAUUGUAUUAUCUAUCAGGGCAUGCGAUCUAUAUUGAGUUUGUGAUCGAAAUUUAAUCGAAUUUGUCGCUUACUCAUAGUUAACGUAAAUUAACGAUUAUUGCAAGUGUCUGCAAGAAAAUGAUGUAUGAUGUAAAACCAGCCCGGUGAUGAUAAGCUUUUGUAAAUCGCGCCAUCUGUUCAGUAGUAGUAG